CCAUUUUUGUCAGCUACGAGUGUAGUGAAAGUGUGGCAUCAUGGCUUCCUCAGCAGAGGAUGGUGAGCCACUGCUACUUGGACACUCCUCAGCAGGAAUCAAUGAAUUGUCAUCGUCAGCAGUGGAGGAGCUGUUGCUACACAAACCAGUGCCUGGCAGAUGGUGGCCUCGUCUGUUCGGGUGGGAGUCCAGGCUUCUCUGGGUCCUCUCUGGUUCAGCAAUUGUUUCCUCGGUUUUCAAUUACAUGCUUAGCUUCAUCACCUUGAUGUUUGCGGGGCAAUUGGGGGCGUUGGAGCUGGCCGGUGCCUCCAUCGCCAGUGUGGGAAUUCAAGGACUUGCAUAUGGGCUUAUGUUGGGCAUGGCCAGUGCAGUGCAGACUGUCUGUGGACAAGCAUAUGGAGCAAAGAAAUAUGCCGCAAUGGGCAUCAUUUGCCAAAGAGCAAUCGUCUUGCACUUGGGAGCAGCCAUUCUUCUCACCUUCCUCUACUGGUAUUCAGGAGCAUUCCUUAAAGCAAUAGGCCAAUCGGAGAGCAUAGCGGUGCAAGGUCAAAUUUUUGCCCGGGGAUUGAUCCUUCAAGUGUAUGCAUUUGCAUUAAGCUGUCCAAUGCAGAGAUUCCUCCAAGCACAAAACAUUGUAAACCCUUUAGCUUACAUUGCUGUUGGGGUAACCCUCUUACAUAUUCUUCUCACAUGGUUAGUUGUUAAUGUCUUGGACUCUGGGCUUCUUGGAAUAGCUCUUACGCUGAGUCUUUCCUGGUGGCUUCUGGUUUUUUCGAUUGCGCUUUACAUACUUUUAAGCCCAUCUUGCAAGGAAACUUGGACUGGCUUUUCUUUAAAAGCCUUCCAAGGAAUUUGGCCCUAUUUCAAGCUAACUGUUGCUUCUGCUGUCAUGUUGUGUCUGGAGAUAUGGUACAGCCAAGGUCUUGUGCUUAUAUCAGGCCUCCUCCCCAACCCUACAGUCUCACUGGACUCCAUUUCCAUUUGCAUGAAUUACUUGAACUGGGAUAUCACAUUCAUGCUGGGCCUAAGUGCAGGAGCAAGUGUCCGAAUCAGUAAUGAGCUGGGAGCAGCUCAUCCACUGGUGGCAAAAUUCUCAGUGUUAGUGGUAAAUGCAAACAGCAUCAUCAUAAGUAUAUUUUUUAGUGCGAUCGUUCUGAUUUUCAAGAUAGGAUUGAGCAAGCUAUUCACAAGUGAUACAGAGGUUAUCAAUGCAGUGUCCAAGUUGACCCCACUACUUGCUAUUUCUGUCUUCUUAAAUGGAAUUCAACCCAUACUCUCAGGUGUGGCCAUUGGGAGUGGAUGGCAAGCUAUAGUGGCAUACGUCAACCUAGCAACUUACUAUCUCAUUGGUCUUCCCAUUGGGUGUGUUCUUGGAUUCAAAACCAGCUUAGGAGUUGUAGGAAUAUGGUGGGGGAUGAUAAUAGGAGUUCUUCUUCAAACGGUAACUUUAAUUGUUCUAACAGCAAGAACAAACUGGGAUGCUGAGGUUGUGAAAGCUGUGGAUCGCAUAAAGAAAUCUUCCAACGAAGAGACGUUGGAUUUAGUACUAGACAAGAUAUAGUCAAGGAGAUUGGAGAUUCAAAUAGAAGAUGCCCAAGAUUUUUACUGUUCCGUCUCUGUCUGGGUGGGAAUCAUGGAUCAUGUAGUUUGAUCUUCUGAUUAUGUUUAUAUUGAGGUUUAUUCUUCUCGAGUUGGUGGAGGUUGGUUAGUUUGACAAGGAAAAGUGUAUUCCAUGUACUCAUACCCAUUGUUUUAAAAAUCGGCAUCUCGAUACACUCGAUACUGGUGAACUUUCUGUUUCGAUCCAUCUCAAUGAACCAUUUCAUGGUUAAACCAGCA